CACUGUGCCGAUUGUGUUGACAAUUUGACAGUUGCCAAAGAAAAAUCAAAACAUUGUAUAAUCGUGGCCGGGUUUUGCAGCAACAUUUGUUGAUGGUCACUGAAAAAUGCUCCAUCACCGGCACAUUUACGGAGUUGCAUCCCUUGCACGGAGUUUUAGCCGCAUCGCACUGAAAGAACCAUCGUCAAAUGCGGUUUUACCGAUUGUUGCUCUGCAAAGCACGAACGCAAGGAAGCAACCAUUAACCGGAAAUGGACACGGAACCGACAAUCUGCUUCCGAUUCGUCCAGUUCAAUUACGUUCGACGGUAGGAAAUUUCGAGAUAGGCAAUAGCAUACGAAGGAAUCCUCUGAUCCCGUUGAAAGAAAUAAUCGACAUUCCGCUCGUGUCACGCAUUAUCGAAACCCCUGUGCAACGUCCUGGCUUGCAAGGACCGAUUGGAGAUAAUCUGGCGGUAGUACCGUCCCUAGAGCUACCCACCGAUACGACCGUGAAGGACGAACAUGGAAAACAAGCAGCCCGGUUAAUCGUCAUCCGAAGGCGCAAAAUGCGAAAGCAUAAGCUGAGAAAGCUUCGCAAACGCAUGAAGUUUGAAUGGUUAAAGCUGCGACAAAGGCGAGAAUUGAAGAAGGAGAAACUGUUCCAAGCGGAACUGAUAGGCCAAAUAAAGGAGGCGGAAAAGUUUUCCGCCGAAGCGUACGUGGCCAGUAAGCUAAGACAGGCUACCGAAGUGCCGUUACCACGCUUUUGGAAGGGCAAACGGUUGCCACAGUUCAUCAUAAAGCAAAAGUUAGGUAUGGAGUAAUUAGAGCUGUUCGCUGAUGUGCAGUGAAUAAAGUAUUUGAUUGGUGGUUAACAAAAA